CUCUCUACUUUUUUUGCUCUGUUCUGUUUUUUUUAUCAACAAAAGAGAUCUUGGUCCUAGAAAUCAUCUCAUUCUAUUGAUUCUAAUCUCCAAACCCAUCUUUACAACUUGUUAUCUGGAAUCAGAAUUCUGGGUUUUCCUAAAAAAUCAUCAGAGAAUUUUUUAGAAAUUAUUUUGGAGAUUUUUUUUUAUGAUGUCUAUUGCAUUUGAAGCUGGCUGUGGUUCUAGUUUCAUUCAUCAUGGUGUUGGUGGUGGUGGUGGGAUGUCUUGUAUUUCAAUCUUAGGUAAUGGUUGUGGUGGUGGUGUUAAAGAUCAGAUGAAUGUUUUAAAGAGAGGAGAAGAGGAGGUGGUGGGUUUUGGUGUUGGUGGUGGUGAUAGUGGUAGUGGUAGUGGUGGUGGUGAUAGUUGCAGUAGUUCUUCAUCAAUCGGAAAAAACAGUGAUUUAUCAAAUGGAGGUGGUGGUUCUGAUGAUGAUGAUGAUGGUGAAGUUCAAAGCUCUUACAAGGGUGGUCCUUUUGAUUCUAUGGUGGAUUCUUUGGAGGAUGUUUUGCCAAUCAGGAAAGGAAUAUCGAAAUUCUACUGUGGUAAAUCGAAAUCGUUUACUAGUCUGAGAGAUGCAACAUCUUCAAACUCCAUUAAAGAAAUUGCGAAGCCGGAGAAUGUGUACAGCAAGAAGCGAAAGAACUUGCUUGCUUGCAGUAUAAUUUUGGGGGAUAAGAGUAAAAACUUUCCAUUGAGAAGUAAUGGUGGUGGUAUAUCAAAGAGAUCAAUCACCACUAGUCGAAGUUCACUAGUGCUGGCAGUUGCAAUGAACAAGACCAAUAGCAAUGAAAGCAACUGCACAAGCGAGAAUUCAAGCUCACCACCACCAUUACCUAGGUAUAGACCUCCUCUUCAUCCAAAUGCGAAGCAAGCAUUUAACAGAGAUGAUAUUGAGUCGCCACUGAAUUCGUCCCCAUCAUCGCCUCAGAAGGGUUUGUCUAAUACUUCAUGGCGAUCAUUCUCAUUGGCUGAUCUACAAUAUGCUGCUGCAAAUUCUGUGGCUGCUAGUAACUCCUCCGCAGUCGGCAUAGUAGACAAACAAAAGAAGUUCCAUUAACACGUUUGGUUUCUAUGAGCUUUUUGUUUUCUUCAUGCUAAGCUAAUAUGAUAAAAUGUCAGUAUGUCUGAACUCUAAGAAAGUGUUUAGUUUAGGUGGUAUGUUCUGUAAAUGGUGUUCGUCUGUCUGUCUGCCCGUUUUACGCGUUAACCUUAAAUCAAUAUGUAUCUGCUCAAGCCCUUAAACAAGCUUUUGUUGUUUGGGCAAGUUGGGGGAUUUUAAAUCUUAAAUCAAUACAAGUCCUUUAAGUUUUCUUAUGAAA